AUGAGUCACAUAAUCACCAACAACAAGUCUAAGACCACUGCACCCUAUACCCCACAAGCCAAGAGAAGCGCAAACUUUGACAUUGUUGCAGAAGAAUCUUGUACAGGUGGUACUGCACUUGAUUACGGCUAUGCUACUACUGCCCAACCAAUUACCAGUUCUUCUUCUUCUUCUUCUUCUUGCUCACUGCGGUUGAACAACUACCGAUAUGACAAUAUGUCGAUAUUACACACUCCCCCACCAUCUACUCACAAGCACCAUCUUCAUUGUCGUGAGCAACAACAACAACAACAACUGCAGGCUAAAAAGCAAAAGACUAGUGGCUAUAAUACAACUCAGCCACUGCCAACAAUAACGUCGCCUACUCCAACACGUUCAGCCAGCAAUAACAAGGAGAAUAAUAUCCAUUCCGCUUCUUGUACCUUUUUUAGUGCUCCAACAACUCCAACAACUCCGCCAUCAGAACAAUCUCAUCCCCAUCAUCAUCAUCGUCAUCAUCAUCAUUAUCAACACGAUUACCAUAGUAAACGCCAGCAAGUGAAUACACCACCACCCACAAUGUCAGCUGAAGCUAGAGCUUUAUCUUUGACAGACAAUAACCUAUAUAACGCCUUGUCUACAAUGGAGACCAAGUUGAAGCUAAUACAGCUCAAAAUGGAUAACGUUGAAGAAUCGUCAACCAAAAAUGAUAUAAAUGAGUUGUUGCAGUCUACUUUGGAAGAAUUGCAGUGUAAUAAACGCAAACUGGAGUUGCCAAGACGCAAAUUUGAUGAGUUUAUUAUGACACCACCUCCAGUGACAACAACACCUGAAUAUGUUGUUGAUGGUGAGCCAAUGACCCCAGAAGACCAAAUUAUAUACAAGAAUGAUUUGGGGUCAGCUACUCCACCACGAGCACCUUUUCAGCCAUUGAGAUCAGACCACUAUGCAUAG